AAAAAGUCGAAUGGGUUGUUUGUGAAUUUUAUAGCUGAAAGUCGACUCAAAUAUUGGUAUAUAAUCUUACGAGUUUCUCACUAAAGAGUUACUGAUUUACUAUGAGAAUGAUAAAAAAAAUUAUAUAACAUUUUGUUUUAUGAAAAUGGAAGAUCAGAGUGUCACAACAUAAAUGAUCUUCGUUGCAGUAUCGACACACAGUAUAACAGCUAUUGCCAGCUAGGAAUAAUGAAGUUGCGUUAUUUCCAUCAAUGUAAAAUUUUCAACUGUUUUUAUGCCACUUUAAGUUCGCAUAUUCUUGUUUUGGUUUUGUUGCUGUACUCGGGACAUGGAGUUGAUGUCAAACCUCAAAAAGAACCAUACCUUCCUGACUAUGAAGUAUAUCAUAAUUUAUCAACUCUCAACAUUUUCAUCCAAAAUAUGGCAGCAUCAUUUCCAAAUUUUGUGAAAGUUGAUUGGACAUACAAGUCUUUACAACACCGAUCUCAGUAUCUGCUUCAUGUCACAAAUUUUUCCUCAAGUAAAAAUUAUUUCAUUCAUGAUGGAAUGGAAGUUAGGAAAAUACAGAUCCUAUUUUCCUAUGGUGAACAUGCACGUGAAUUCUUCCCUGUUGAAAGUUUAAUAUUCUUGUUGAAAAACAUAACUCAGGGAGCUUCUGCUCUUUCAGAAAGUUUUCAGUAUAAAUUUUCAAAGUUUAUAUUAACUAAUUUUGAUUUAUACAUUAUUGUAAUGGCAAACCCUGAUGGUAGAUUUUAUGUCGAAAUGUCUGACAAUUACUGCUGGCGAGGAACAAGUAAAGGUGUUGAUAUCAACAGAAACUUUGGAUGGGAGUUUGGAAAGAAAGGAAGUUCUUCAGAUCCAAAUGAUGAAGAAUACAGAGGACCAUCAUCGUUUUCAGAACCUGAAACUAAAGUGUUUACUACCAUCACAGAAAGAAAUAACUUUGAUGUGUUCAUAUCCUUCCAUUCCGGAACUCGUCAGAUUUACCUACCAUUUGCAGAUACUCGGUCAAAAUUAACACAUCGAAUUCCAGACAAUCUUAUUACAUUGACUAAACUGGCAUCUGCAUUAUCGGUCUCAACAGCACACAAGUACCAGUUUGGCAGAACGUCUGAGCUGACCGACUACACCGCUGAUGGGACAUCAUUUGACUAUAUGGCUGGUGUAAAACAUAUCCCAUUAACCCUUGCCAUUGAGCUGUGGGGGAGAAAUAAUCAUGUUGGGCCCAGCUGCUUUGAUCAGUUUAAUCCUCAGAGUGAACAGCUUCAAAGAGAGAUUUCAGAUAUACAUCCACUUUAUGUGACCUUCUUUCAAUUUACACUCAAGUGGAAAACAUCUUCUGUUAUUAAACAUCAAGUACAGUCACUUUCAAGCUUUAUUCAAGUGCAUUACCUUUUGACUGGAUGUCUGCUGAUUGGAAUCAUUGUGCUGCUUGUUCAAGGGAGGCUACUCUUCUGUCACAGAUUGUACUCAAGAAAGCAUAUUAUUAGUCUACGGUCUUUGAGUUCCACUUUGACUUACUGGGGAUUUAUUAAAUCUGUUUAAAAACAGUGUAUGCAUUGCAUAAUUACUGGUAUCACAUUACUAACACAAUAUGUUUUAUGAAUUUAAUUUUAAUUUUUUAAUUUUUAAUUAAUCUCAUUUUAUAUUUUACUAAUAAUUAUUUAUAUUUAUUUAAUGUUUCAAACUCUUGGUCUAUUGUUUUAAAAAUUUGAUGUAGGAAAUAGAAAAAGAGAACAUUUUGAAUGUUCUUUUUUGCAGGUAACAUUAUGUCGACUACUCUGCAAAUACUAAAGCCCUCUUAAAGCCGCACACCCUAGUUCCAUCCAGCGAAAAUAAAUUAUAAUUUGGUUAAUCUACAAACCUGUAAUACACUUAGAUCACGUUUUUAUCAAAUGGAGUGAAAAAGUAGGUUUU